AUGAAAAGAAACUACCAAGUGGGGCAGCUAUAUUCUGUGGCUGAGGCCAGUAAGAAUGAAACAGGUGGUGGCGAAGGUGUGGAAGUUCUGGUGAAUGAGCCCUAUGAGAAGGAUGGCGAGAAAGGCCAGUACACACACAAGAUCUACCACUUACAGAGCAAGGUGCCGACGUUUGUUCGAAUGCUGGCCCCAGAGGGAGCCCUGAAUAUACAUGAAAAAGCAUGGAAUGCUUAUCCCUACUGCAGAACUGUUAUUACAAAUGAGUACAUGAAAGAAGACUUUCUGAUUAAAAUUGAAACUUGGCACAAACCAGAUCUUGGCACCCUGGAGAAU